AUGGAAUCACUUCAAUUUAUUUUCGCUAAUGGUGGUGCUGGAGAAGCUAGCUACGCAAACAAUUCCUCCUUUCAAAGUAAGAUGAUAUCAAAAGUGAAACCCAUACUCGAAGAAAGUAUGAGGUCUCUGUAUAGCGACUCUGUCCCAAGCUGUUUCAAAGUGGGUGAUUUAGGUUGCUCUUCGGGACCAAAUGCACUUCAGGUGGCGUAUGACAUUAUUGAUGUUGUUCAUGACAUAAGUCGCAGCUUUAACCGAGAGCCACCCAGCACAUUUCAAAUUUACCUGAACGAUCAAUUUCAAAACGAUUUCAACAACAUCUUUCAGUCCCUACCUUGCUUCUAUGAAAGGCUACGACAAGAGAAGGGAGAGAGAUUUGGUGCAUGUUUCGUUAAUGCAACGCCCGGAAGCUUUUAUGGGAGACUCUUCCCCAACAAUUCCAUGCACUUUUUUCAUUCUUCCACCAGUCUACAUUGGCUCUCUCAGGCUCCAAAAGGGUUGGCUAAGGGUACAGGAUUGAUUAACAAGGAAAACAUUUACAUCACAAACACGAGCCCAUGUACGGUGUACCAAGCUUACCUUGCUCAGUUUAGUGAAGAUUUCAAUCUGUUUAUAAAAUCACGUGCGCAGGAAUUAGUGCGUGGUGGUGGUAUGGUUCUAACAUUUGUUGGUAGAGAUGAAACUUCUGACAUAAUCACUCCUUGGGGGUUAAUUGGUUUGGUUCUCAAUGACAUGGUUUUGGAGGGUUUGAUUGGAGAGGAAAAGUUGGUGUACGUUAAUAUGCCAAGAUAUGGUCCUACUGCUAAUGAAGUUAAACAAUUGAUUGAUGCAGAAGGGUCUUUUACUCUUCAAAAGUUGGAGACAUUCAAGUCGAGUUGGGAUGAGGGCUUGAAAGAAAAUGGUAAUGGUGACUUCGUUAUAGAUACAAAUGUCAGAGCCAAUUUCAUAGCCAAAUACGUGAGAGCUACUACUGAACCUUUUCUGACGGCACGGUUUGGAGAAGGUAUAAUUGAUGAAUUAUUCCUUAGAUUCAGCAAGAAGGUUGCGAAACUGUUGGAGGAAGGUAAAUUAGAGUAUACUUAUCUGGUCAUGUUCAUAACAAAAAAGUGA